UGCAAUCACCACCCGCCUUGAUCAUAUCACUAGCCAUCGGUACUAUCUACUGGAGUGGAGAUUCACACACGAUGCCGCCGAAUCAAGAGGCCAAAUUAUCAGAGACGAGUGCUUCCGACGGCAAGGAAGCGCACGCCACACAAAACUCGCAGGCUGACUCCACCGAUGAGUCCGCGGCACCAAAGGAGGCCUCGGGAGAGCUGCCUGAGAACAGUGAUGCAGCUUCCAAGGCCCGUCAAAGGAAGGAAAGAUUCAAGGCCUUGCAGGCCCGUGCUAAAUCUUCGGCAGAGCGUAAUUUGAAAGAAACUGCCGCGGAGACCCAACGCUUAGCUACCGACCCGGCUCUCGUCUCGUCGUUAUCACGCAAACAUGCAUUCGCCUCCCACAACCUGCUCAAGGCUGACACGGAGGCCGCCGGCGAGGACUUCGAACGCAAGCGUGCCUGGGAUUGGACGGUAGACGAAUCAGAAAAAUGGGACAAACGGAUGGACAAAAAACAACGUCACCGAGACGACGUUGCGUUCCAGGAUUACACCCAGGAUGCAAGGAAGGUUUAUAAACGACAACUACGGGAGAUGGCGCCGAAUCUUGAAGGAUACGAACGAGAUAAGAUGGCAUCGAUUGAGAAAGCUGCUGCUAAUGGCGAUCUGGAGAUUGUUGAAACCAACGAUGGGGAGUUGAUCGCCGUGGAUAAAAACGGUUCUUUCUACUCCACAGCUGACAGCGUCGGGUUUACCGACAAUAAGCCUGAUCGAGCCGCUGUCGAUAGGCUAGUGUCGGAUCUGAAGAAGGCUGAGGAGGUUCGUCUCAAGAAGAGGAGGGACCGUCGUGGGGAUGAUGAGGGAGAUGUCACGUACAUCAACGAGAAGAACAAGCAGUUCAACCAGAAGUUGUCGCGCUUCUACAACAAGUAUACCACGGAGAUCCGGGAUAGUUUUGAGCGUGGUACUAUGAUAUGAUUUUCAAAUCAUCCUUUUUACUAUUGUACAGUUUUGAACUGGUAUCAUCCAACCAGUAGGGGGGGUUGAAACAGCAGAGGUCCUGAAGUCGUCAUGUAGAAGAACACAUGGUUUCUCUAGCCUGAGGGACUGAUGCACACGGCCGUCGACUCUUGAUCAUCUCCACCUUCAUCGACUUCAAAGCAUACUUUUCC